CUCAAACAAACAGCAGCAAAGACGAAUCUCUGACAGAAAAUAUAUUUUAACAAGUUAGAGGAGUUUAAGAAAGCGCAAAGUUCAGCCGAAAACAUCCCCGUGCCGUUUCAUGAGCAGAUCUGUCUUCCACCAUGAAGAGCUCCAAACCAGCUCCACAAACCUCUUCCCAGGAAGAAUGUGGUGUUUGGCUGGACACUGUGCAAAUGAAAGGAAAAGCUAAACAGAAACGACUCGCCCGUCCCAUUUCUAAACUGUUGAAUCCCCUGGCUGGAGGCGCAGGAUACAGUUUGGCUGUGGCACUCAACUUCACUCAGACCAAAAUGGAAAUGCCAAAGACCAGACAAAGCUCUAUAUCAACCUUCUUCGCACCCCAGCGCAGAGUUCUCAAUAAGAUGUCUACAUCUGAAGUGCCAAACGUAGAUCCAGUGCAUCCUUCUUCACCAUCUACCUCGUCCAUAUGUGCCACAGCUGCACCCACACCUGUAGCAUCAGGGACAAAACGAAGACGUGAAAUUGAUUUUGACAUUUUUGACUUGUAUAACUCUGAGCCUGCUGUGGAUCAUGAGUGGAAAACUGAAAAUGUGACUGAGCCUGAAGCAGCGGUAUGGCAGGAAGAGCAGGCAGAAAGCCAUACACCUUCUCAAAAUAUGUACUGUGAAUCUGAAGAGAAGCCGCUGGAGGAGAUAAACCCACCACAGAGUAAGAGGAGGCUCACCGCAGUCCUUUCGUUUGCAGGUGACAGUCAACCUCUUCCUCAGGCAUGGAGUCAGGACCCACUGCUCAGCUGCAGCCAAUAUUCUGAAUCUGAAUUUUACCCAACGAACAAGAAAAACGCAGCAAAGAACUUUAGCGACACUGAGCCGAGUUUCCUUAACAGUCUACAAAGUGAGGAUGCUUUUGGUGUUCGGAUGGAUGUGGAAGGAAGAACCUCGACUCAAAAAUCUUUUCAUUCUUCUCAGACGGAUGAUGAGAAAGAAAACAGUAGAAAUACGCACUCCACUCUCUCUCAUAUUGAGCCUUCAAAUCACGAAUGGACACAACCAAAAACUGUGUCGCCUCGAAAACAUAUUCCAGUGCAGCGGUGGAAAAAGGCUGACAAAGAGGAGAGCCUUGACUCACGGUUCAAGUGGACAAAACCGAGCUGCUCUCCUCUAAGAAAAGUAGCACCGCAGCUGUCACGCAUAGAGGUUGAUGAUGAGGAAAGUCUGGCCAUGUUGUUCACGCAGGACUCUGAAGGCUUCAGAGUGAUAGCGCACAGAGGUCUGCAAACCAGGAGUCCCCUCAAAGAUCACAGUAACAUCAGCACUGGAGUGGUGAGGAUGAGAAAUCACAAAUCUCUCGUGGAGGAGGACGAGGAAGAGGAGAUGCUCUUCACUCAAGACUCACAGGGAAAUAUGGUGAUCAAACACUGAAAGGAGCCUCUUGUUACUAAAGUCUGGAUGUAGGUAUUUGAUCUCGACUUUUUAAAUGAUUUUUAAAAUAUCUGAUGUCUC